AUGAUUCCUCGAACUGCCGUGCGCCGCUGUUGGGACCUCCCAAUUCCCAUGAAUUCCGAGCAUGAGAGCAUCCGCAAGGUGCUGGUGAUGCCUGGCACAGUACUCCUGCGCCAGGGCACCUCCGGGGACAGCAUGAUGGUGGUCUCCAAGGGACGCGUCGCUGCCUCGGUAAACGGCCGUGUCGUGAAGCACCUGGGAGAAGGCUCCUACUUUGGCGAGCUGGUGUUCUUAGGGGCGAGCCUCGUUCGGACCGCCACGGUGACUGCGACCACAUUCUGCGACGUGCGGAUCAUCUACAACCGGAGCUUCAAAAGGAUCGCAGAGAAGUAUCCCGAGGUACAAGCCGCACUCAACAAGUUUGCGCUCGCGAAUAACGACCCCGGACUGAAUGCCAAGGCUGCAGGAAAGCUUGGCCGCGCGUUGGCAGACGCCUUGGCGCAGGUCUUUCAGCUCCUCACCUGCGACUUUUGGUGCACGUAA